AUGGACAGUCCGAAUUUCAGACGUGAAGGUAGUACCUCUAAGGGUGGUGCAAACAAGCGGGGAACUCCUAACAGGCACUGGAAACCAAAUUUUGAUAAUUUCUUAGUACUUCUAGUAGAACAAGUUCAAAGGGGACUUAAAUGUGAUAAAUCCUUCAAAAGAACUGCAUUCUCAUAUGCUGCAAGCACAGUAAAUGCACAUUUCAGGACUAAUUUCUCUACCGAUAACGUGGAGAACCAUUACAGGACACUAAAAGCGCGUUAUGUAGAAAUAAAAAAGGUCAAGGUUCUUAGUGGGGCAAGGUGGGAUGACCAGAACAAGGUCAUCAUAUUUGACCCACUUGUUGUUGCUGCCUACGUCGAGGCGCACCCGGGAGUGAAAGCCUUCAUCAACAAACCUAUCGAGAACUAUGAAGGGCAUAGGGUGUAUUCUGAUUCUGGCGAGCGGUCUGAGAAUGAAGGAUUUAAGAUGGAUAAUGUUAACUCAGUCCCUGUUAAUGUAAGUGAUGAGGAACCGGAUGUGAACUCCACUCCGGCCGUGCUUAAUUACCCUGUGAUGCCAUCUACCAUUAGGCUAGUACAUUCGGCCAGAGGUGAAAGCACUAGAAUGUUAGACCUAACCAUGGAUAGAAUGUUGGCCGCAUUACAGAACCCAACACUCUUGUCUGAAAUUUUAUAUACUAGAGUCAUUGAGGUGGAUGAUUUCAAUUACAAGGUGCUUGUGGAGGUCUUUGACUACUUUCAGGAACAGGAAUCUAUCGCCUGUGGCUUCAUGGCAAGAGAUGUGGAUCUUAGGAAAGAUUGGAUUGACAACUUCCUUACUAGCAUGGUCUGA